AUGGCAGACACCGUGGGCGCGGACAAAUUGAAACAGGAGGACCUUGAGGCAGAAGUACACGAUAUGCAUCUCAAAGAAGAGCAGGGUGAAGAUGUGGACAUGGACACAAUACAGGUGGCGGAGGCCAUACCAAAGGAGCGCUCAGCCUCGAGAGAGCAGCCUGGGACCGCCACGCCCAAGGUCAAGAGCCAGUCGCGGUCUCCUGUAAAAGGAGAACCUCCUCCGCCAGGUGCAACACCGCGCUCUGCGGGUAUCAAGGAUGAAGAGACGGAGACUGUAGGAGGUGAGGUCGAGUUGAAGCUGGAGGGUGGUGACAGACCCAAGUUGGUGCGCAAGCAGAGUCAAAAGGUCAAGGCGCGGCCACCACAGUUAUUCGACGACUAUGAGGACAAGACUGGUGAGGCGACGUCUGCUUUCACCGUCAUCAAGGAUUGCACCUAUGCAAACAAAUAUAUGGGUGCGACCGACCCCGCGCUGGAGUGCGAAUGUCAGGAGGAAUGGGACCCAUCGACGAAAAGCAACCAUGCCUGCGGCGAAGACUCGGACUGCAUCAACCGCGCCACCAAGAUGGAGUGUGGUGAUGACUGCGGAUGCGGCUCUGCAUGUCAGAAUCAACGCUUCCAGCAGAAACAAUACGCAACAGUCUCUGUCAUCAAGACAGAGAAGAAAGGGUAUGGACUACGUGCUGAUGUCGAUCUGCAUCCGAACGACUUCAUUUUCGAGUACAUUGGCGAAGUUAUUGGCGAGCAAGCCUUCCGGAGGCGCAUGCGCGACUACGAUGACCAAGGCAUCAAGCACUUCUAUUUCAUGUCCCUCACGAAAGGCGAGUUCGUCGACGCAACAAAGAAAGGCAACCUCGGCAGGUUUUGCAACCACUCGUGCAACCCGAACUGCUACGUCGACAAGUGGGUGGUGGGUGACAAGCUGCGCAUGGGCAUUUUCGCCGAACGCAGAAUCCAGGCUGGCGAAGAAUUGGUCUUCAACUACAAUGUCGAUCGAUACGGAGCUGAGCCUCAACCAUGCUACUGCGGCGAGCCGAACUGCACAGGCUACAUUGGUGGCAAGACGCAGACGGAGCGUGGUACGAAGCUCUCGAAUACGAUCAUUGAAGCGCUUGGAAUCGACGAUGCCGAUGCAUGGGACACGGCCGUAGCGAAAAAACCUCGGAAGAAGAAGACUGGUGAAGAUGACGAGGAGUACGUCAACAACGUCGAGCCUAGGGGUCUCGAUGAAGAAGGCGUCAACAAAGUCAUGUCUUCGCUCAUGCAGUGCAAGGAGAAGUGGAUCGCGGUCAAGCUGCUCAGCCGUAUCCAGCGCGCUGACGACGAGCGGGUGCGCAACCGAGUCGUCCGCUUUCACGGUUACCGGAUACUCAAGACUGCGCUAUCCAACUUCAUCGACGACGUCAACGUCUGCCUGCAGAUAUUGGACGUGCUGGAUAAGAUGCCACGCCUGACUCGCAACAAGAUCCAAGACUCGAAGAUUGAAGAGACAGUGCAGCAGUUGACCACAAACGAAGACGAGAGGGUCGCUAACCAGUCGAAAGGGCUGCUGGAGGCAUGGGCAAAGCUGACGGUGGGCUACCGGAUACCUCGCAUGAAGAGAGACCCCAACGCACCUACCGAGCGCAAGAAUGAGCGCGCCGGCAGACGCGAGGAGACUAGGCGAAGGUCGAGAUCGCGAUCGAGAUCAAAGUCGCCUGAGCGGAUACAAGCACCGACCGGCCCUCGCAGUAACGCCCCCCAAAGAGCAGCCUUUCGCCCGCCGCCACCUCGCUUUCGUGCACCACCUCCAAGCGGUGCCCUUCCGGAUGGUUGGUUUGAAGCGACUGCAGGCAAUGGAACAGUGUACUACUACAACAACGGCGGAGUCACAACGUGGCAAAGGCCGACAGUGCCAGCAGCUCCAGCGCCUCCACCACCUCCGCCGAAGGCUGUUACCGACCAACAGAUUUUGUCAGACCUCAUCGCGAGCAUUGUGUCCAAGAAGGACACCACAAAGGCACCGUCGGAGACACCUACCCCAGCCGAGACGCCAAAGAAGGAGCGUAAGGAGGAAAAGUGGCGGUCAUGGCCUGAAGAGAAGCAACGGAGAACGUACGAGAACACUCUACACCCUCACAUCAAGCACGUCAUGGAUAAGUACAAGCACAAGCUCGAGAAGGAGACGCUGAAGAGUUACACCAAGGAGUUCGCCAAGAUGAUCGUUGCGUCGCACUUCAAGAAGGGUAGUGUGGAGGAUCCGUCUCGGAUCAGCGACAAACAGGUGAAGAGUGUGAAGAGGCAUGCAGUCGAGUUCUUCGACAAGGCUGUCAAGAAGCAGGGAAUUGCGGACAAGAAAAGGGCGGAGAAGAAAGCUAGCAAAAAGGAUGCUGGAAGCACCACUCCUGCCGGCUCUCCGCCUGCUGCUACCGCUGCCAGUCCGAUGGAGAAGGACGGUGGAGACGUCGAGCUGACCGACGACGAAGCAGACCCGCCAGAUGCCACGCCAGCCGAGUCGUCCAGUAGUGCCAAUGCUGCCAAGCGAAGAAUCGAAGAGCUGACUGAUGGAGAAGACUUAGAAUCAGUGCUCAAGAGACAGCGUACGGAGGAUCCCGACACUGUUGCUACUGCUGCACCCCCUCCACCUCCACCGCCUCCUCCCCCACCCGCGGGAUCUGCCAAUGGCGAACCCAUGCAGCUGGACCAGGAUGCGCUUACGCCGAACGAGGACGUCUCUGAGUCUUUCACGCACGAAGCGCUUGUCUCAGUACAUGACGCUGCAGUCGACGAUGAUCAGGCAGUUGCUGGCAGCGAAGAUGGUUCGCAUACCAACGGCACGGCUGCUGCGAAAUCGACGAAUGGCGUUCCAGAUGAAGUUUCCCAGACGGCCACGCCUCCGACCACGAACUCGCCCGAUGAUGAGGAGGCUCAGAAGAUUGCGAAGAGGGCGCAGUUUAGUGGUAUGAACCCGGCCCGGAUGCGACAGCUUGGGUUGUUUAAUGGUGCGAGCGAUUGA